UAUCAGCCGUAACAGAAGAAGCUAUAGAGGUCCCAUCAGCUUACUUGGCGGUAACCUUACUGGAGUGCUGCCUCACUUAUAUUUUGUUUAUUUACAUCAGUAAAAUUUGAGAGUUGUUGGGAUUCUGGCUCCCUAACGCUGACAAUAUUGCUGUUGCUAUUUGUAACAGUAAUCAAAGAAGACCAGGUGAAGCAGAUGGACUGAAUCCCCAGCACUCCUUCUGUCAUGUACCAAGAUGCAGUGGCAGCAGGGCCUGGUGGGCUAACAGAGGAAAAAGAACCAGCUGAGUACCACAUAAUGUAUGGUCACUAUGGACCCCUAACACCCACAACCCCACCAACCACCACCACAACCACCCUAAAAUUGGCCCAUAGUGGGCCCAAGGAGGGGGCCCUAACUAGUGUCACCCUAGCUGGAAGCAAUGCACUAGUACCUACCACAGCAUUGGUUGACACUCCAGCCCUCUCCAGUUCUUUGUCAUGUGGUUCAGGAGAGGAUGAGACAAAUGAGCUAGUGGGGGAGACUUUGGCUGUUGCCACCGAGAGACUGAAAGUGGCAGGAGGCAGACAUGUCUCUCCUGUGGAUGUUGGAGGCAUCGAUACAGCAGCAUUGGUUACUUCUAUGGUGGCUCCAGGGGAAUGCCAGGGAGGAGGCAGGAAGGUGAUAGUGAAGCUGUUCAAUAGCAACACCUUUAGUUUGGAUAUCAUAGCAGGUGGACAAGAAGAGGAGGAAGAGAGGAUAGGACAUCAUAUGCUAGCCAGAAAUGGCACUCUGGUUCAUACCAAACUGUCAGAAGGAACCCUCAUUUCUACACAGGAACAAGUAGAGGGGGAAAAUAAUGAUGAAGAUCUUGCCUCAACUGCAGCACAUGCUCCCCAUCAGGGCAGUGGAGAAGAAGAGGAGGGCACCUUGCCAUGCCAAGUGAUGUGGACAUGUGCUUAUUGUAGUCUUAUUUUGGGCACCUCAGAAGCAAUGGCAUCUCACCAACAGGUCUGUGCCAAAGCCCUGGAGGAUUUGCCACCCCUGGAGACCACCACAUCCCAGACCACUGUUGAUGCCCUUAUGUCUCCUUUACAACCCCAAGAGGAGGCCACCUACCAUCUCAAGAUUGAGGGUACUGGUGAUGGUCCUCAAACUUCCACUAGAGAAGAGGGAGCCACAACAGGAAGUGCUGAGCUGGUGGCUGUGUGGAUGUGUGCAGUGUGCAAGGAAGAAUUCCCACACCCCAGAGCUCUUGGCCACCAUCUUCCCUCACACACUAUCCACCAGCUGGCAACUGCAUUGCUUCAGUUAGCAACACCCUGCCAGAAGGUUAUGGCUACAGUGGCAGCAGCUGAUAAUCAUACUACCGCUUCUGCUGCUGAAACUGAUCCACUCUCCAUUGAUGAGAAUUCAGAUUGGGCAAAUGACCAGUCUACAACCAAACUAGAAGAGGAAAAUGUUGAUAAUCCUGGAGAUACUCCUCCUCAGACACCUCCCCAGGACAAACCACUAGCAAGGAGAGCACAGAGGAAGCAUGGAGCAAGACUCCAAGAAAGGGCAGAGAGAAAGAGAAAAUAUUUACGGAAGAAGAAAGGAGAGGAGGAAGAGGUGGCAGGGAAGGAAACUGAAAUAAAAGGACAAUGUAAGGAGUAUCAGUUGGCCACUGCCACUACCACAAUUGUCAGCACCACCAUCACUAACACCCAGCCUGCCCCAAGUGGUUCUGUAGGCACAGGGAGGGGCAGUAGGGAUCCGCACCAUUGUGAGGUUUGCAAUAAGAAGCUCUCUUCCCGUGGCAAUCUUGCCAAGCACCUCAUUCGUCACCGUGCUAAGAAACCCUUUGAGUGCAACAUUUGCCAUGCUACUUUCAAUGCCAACAGAGAUUGUAAGAAUCACUAUCUCCAACAUCACACCACAGAGCGCCCCAAUCGCUGCCAAAUCUGUGGCAAGAGCUAUGUGGAUAAAAGCUACCUUCUUGCCCACAUGGUCUUCCAUCGAGAUCAAAAGGCAUAUUCAUGUGAACUUUGUGGCAAGAAGUUCAACACUUCACGCUGUGUCACUAGACACAAGAAGCGACACCAGGAAGAGAAACGUUUUGUUUGUGACAUUUGUUUCAGACCUUUUGCUGUAAAGGCUGAUCUCACCUCACAUAAACGAAAAGUACACAGCAAACUUGGAACAGUCAGGUCACAGUCACUGCAACAGCAGCAGCAUCAACAGCAUUCCCUCUUAUCUACACAGCAGGGACAACUACCCCACUCCACACAGGCACCACCACCACAGCCACCACCACCACCACCACCACUACCACCCAGACAAGACCAAGAGGCACAGGUUGGAAAAUCCAAGGACCUGACUGAAUUUCUUCUACCAGGAGAGGUUACCUCAUCCCAUAUGUUAUCUGAGCAGCUUCUUCCACCAGACCUCUCUGGGGAAGCUGGACUGCAGGACAGUGUUACUCAAAAAAGAGGUGGAAUUUUCAUCAGUGGUGAUCCUCUUGCUGUCUCCUCUCUCAUUGGUGGGGGUGAAGGGGAAGGUGAGGGAGAUGGGGAGUGCUCAUAUGGAGUAACACUCACAGCACCAACAAGAGAUGGGGGAGCUAGUGGAGGAGCUGUACCAGUAGGAGGAGUCCAACCAGCCUACAUCAUGAUCAACAGCAGCAGCAGUUCAACAGAAAAGGGUGUUGCAACAACUACCUCAGGCCUGAGUAUUAUGUAUACCAAUGCUGCCACCCUCACUCAGCAGGUUGGAGACUUGGAUGAGAUUCAGCACUUGUCUACUCCAGUUGGGUCAAGUUUAGUUGGAGGGGAGGGCCAGCUGGACCUUGCUGGCCAUCUAGAGAGUCAACACCACUCACAGGAUCACAGCACUACUUCACUCCCACCAGGAAAUGGAGGGAUGAGCAGCACUCACACUGAAGACCUGGGAUUAGGGAAUGCUGAAGCUGGUCCUGGAGGGGCACUGGUGGGAGGAGACAGUAACACCAUUCCCAGUAACCAUGAUGCAAACUCUGGAUUUCCUCUUGAGCUCAUUUCCCAAACCUACCAGCUGGACCUGCAGAGACCUCAAGCUGCUUCAACCUACUUAGCUUAGGCUGAUGAGUUUCCUUUGUGUAAUUUAAUGUACCAGUGCAAAGAUUU